AUGCGCGUUCUAUCACUGAUUACCGUCCUCUUGGGGGCAGCUUCAGCUACCCCCUCGCCGCUCCUAGCAAGGGCGGUUGACGAGGGUUUCACCAUUGCCAAUGCUGGCGGUGCCGAAGAUGUCGUCAUUGGAAAGGAGAAUAUGCUCAACGGCACGUAUCACAGUGACGAGACAGCAACAGUCAGCGAGGCAGACUUUGGAGUAGCUGCUGCGAAGUUGCCAUUCAAUCUAGUCAACAACUUUGGCGGCGGCGCAGUCAAGGCAUACAUCGCAGGCCUAGAUGGCAACGGAAAGGUCGUUUUCGUCAAAUCCGACGGCAGCCUUUUAUACCCCAGUUCACGGGGUUCUGCCGUCCCGGUCGAGAUUAACAACAAUGACAUUGCCAUCAACUUGCCUGGCCGUGGUCAAACCUUCAAGAUCAGCCUGCCUAUUCCCAUCCACUCUGGCCGUGUCUACUUUGCUGCUGGCCAGCUGAAGUUUUUCAUGGUCAAGAUCCCCGGCGGUGAUGGACUGGUUCAACCCUCCGUUGCAAACUUGAAGGACCCAAGUGUUGAAACCAACUGGGGUUUCGUUGAGUUCACCUACACCAAGGAAGGAGCUAUCUAUGCAAACAUUAGCUAUGUUGAUUUCGUUGGCUUCAUUCUCAGCAUGUCACUGUCCGCCAAGGAUGGCACCCCCAAGCAGCUGACCAAGGGCUUGGACAGCAACGCCGUGACAGCCAUUUGCAAUGGCUUGUCAGCCCAGUCCAAGAAGGAUGGCCGCAACUGGAAGGCCAUGUGUAUUGCGAACAAGUCUGGUGCGCCGAUUCGCGUCCUGUCUCCCCAAAACUACAAUGUGGUUAAGCCUGCCGACUUCAAGAACUACUGGCAGGGAUACGUCGACAAGGUCUGGAGCAAGUACAGCAGCAGCCCUCUUGUCAUUGAUACUCAGAUGUCCGCCAAGAAAGUCAAUUGCCGAGUCAAGGGCGCUCAAAUGUCCUGUGACGGCGAUAACAAGCCCUAUAACAAGCCCACUGCCGGAGAUAUCUGGGGCUGCGACAGCGGUACCUUUGGUAAGACGGGCGGAGAAAACCAGGUGCACUUGGCUGUCAUUGCUCGUCUAUGCGCUGCCUUUCACCGAUCUACUUUGCUGGUUAAGGACGGCAAUGUCCAGCCAAAACUUAAAGCCUCUGGCUACUACAAGGAGGAGCCAACCAACCACUACAGCCGCCUUGUUCAUCUGCACGAGGUCGAUGGUAAGGGAUACGCCUUCCCGUACGAUGAUGUCAAUCCUGAUGGGGAGAAUGCCUCUGGCGUCGUCUCGUCCGGUCGCCCAGAUACCUUGACCGUCUACUUUGGUGCUCCUCCCAAAUAA